AGAAAGCUCACCUUCUUCUAAUAUCUUAUGUUGAUGGAUUUGAAAAAAUGAGUCCUCGAAGAAAUUUGACAAAAGAGUUUGAUCUCAGUUUAUUGAAUCCUGAACAAAAUUUAACAAACGAGUUUGAUCUUAGUCUAUUGAAUGGCUUUGAUUUUAGUGAAUGGCAUGCUCACAACAGUUUAGAAGAAUCACGUGCACAUAAAGAUUUUCAAAUGACCAAUGAAAUUGUGUACGAAGAGGAGGAAGAUAUCUAUAAAGAAGACACAAACAAAUGUACCGGGAACAAUGAGGACAUUAUGUCAGUUGAUCGAGAAAACAAUGAUGGGAUUUUUGAUGAAAUAGCUGCACCAAAGAACACAAAACAGUUACCUGAAGAAGAGCUUAACAGUAUUCACCCAUUUAUCGGGAAAGAAUUUGAAUCACAAGAUGAAGCCUACGAUUCUAUAACCGGUAUGCAGGUAAUACUGGAUUUAGUAUUAGUCGGCACACCACUAACAAGUCUAGAGUUGAGCCUUAUGAGGUGAUACGACGCAUAUUUUGUUGUAGUCGCCAAGGGGUACGUGAUCCUAGAGCUAAGCCGGUUGAAGAAAGGAAAAGGAACCAAGCUGAUACAAGGACAAAUUGUAAUGACGAUAUGGUUAUAAUUAACGAAGAAAAAUGGUAGAUGGGUAGUAACUAGUUUCACAGAAGAACAUAAUCAUAAGCUUGUUUCUCCAAGCAAACGUCACCACAUUCGGUCAUUGAGAGUCAUAAAAAGCAGCCAGAAACAAGUUAUUGUGAACAUGCGUCUAGCAGGUGUCAAAACAAAUCAAAUGAUGAAUUACUUGGUAGUUGAAUCGGGCGGAGUUAGGAACAUUGGAUUUCUUCCUAAGGAUGCAAGAAACUAUAUAAGUACAAGACAACAAUUGGAGCUAAAACAUGGAGACGCUCAAGCUGUGCUUGACUACUUUCAACGACAACAAGUGGAGAACCCAUCAUUUUUUUAUUCAAUUCAAGUUGAUGCGGAAGGUCAAAUGACCAAUUUUUUUUGGGAAGAUGCUAAAUCAAGGAUGAAUUAUUACUAUUUUGGCGACGUAGUUUGUUUUGAUCCUACCUAUAGUACAAAUAGGUACGACAUGCCAUUUGUUCCAAUAGUGGGAGUUAAUCAUCAUUAUCAAACUGUAUUGUUUGGUGGCGCUUUGCUUUAUUCUGAAAGUGAGGAAUCAUUUGAAUGGGUAAUGAAAACAUGGAUGAGGGCGAUGCACGACAAAGCACCGAAAGUUAUUCUUACAGAUCAAGAAUCAUCUAUUGGAGGUGCUAUAGCAUAUGUUCUUCCAGGUACGCGUCACAGAUUUUGCUUAUGGCAUAUAUGUCGAAAUGCUAUGAAAAAUUCGUCGAAUGUAACAAAAGAAUUCGUUUCAGAAUUUAACAAGUGCUUAUAUGGAUAUGAAAGGAUAAAAGAGUUUGAGCUACUUUGGGCUACGAUGCUUAAAAAUCAUAAUUUGGAAAAAAAACAAAUGGUUAUCAACAUUAUAAGGUAAACGUGAAUGCUAGGCUUCAGUUUACACGCGUGACAUAUUUUGUGCAGAUAUGUAUACAACACAAAGAAGUGAGAGUAUCAUUGCUUAUUUUGAUGGAUUUUUAAGAAGAGAUAUGCCUUUGUGUGAAUUUGUCCGGCAGUUUCUAAAAGCAGUAGUUGCAAGAAGAGAGGCUGAAAACAGUAUGAACUAUGAUACAAUAUACAGAAGGCCAGUUUUGAGAUUUGGGAUAUCUAUUGAGGAAGACGCAGCUUUGGUGUACACAAAAACAAUUUAUGCUAAAUUCCUAGAACAGUUAACUGAAUGUUUUAUAUAUUCUCAUGAAAUGGUGGACAAAAAUGGAACAAUGUCGACUUAUAAAUUCUCCAGGCAGGGAUAUGAGCAUAAAUUCCGGACAGUGAUAUAUGACUCUUCUAGUAAGAGUGCCCAAUGCAGCUGUCUGUUAUAUGAAUUUGCUGGUUAUUUGUGUAGACACAUAUUAAGGGUUUUCGUAGUCGAGAGUGUUCAAAAUCUUCCAGCUCAACAUGUACUGCGACGGUGGACCAAAGAUGCUAAAGUCGGACAAGUGGUGUUUGACCAAGGUGAAGAAAUUGUAGCUGAUUGUCAGGAUACGGUUACAGUCCGACAUAGUAAACUCUGUCAAGAUGCGAUCAAUAUUGCAGUUAAAGGUUCGACAUCAAUCCCGGUAUAUAGCGUGGCAGUGCAAGUGUUACAAAAUGCUUUAAUGGAAAUUGAGAAAGCUAUAAAAUCUUCUCAAGUAAAUACUGACGGACAACCUGAUGUUAUACAAUAUGAGAAUAUUACAAGCCAUGAAGAAAUUAUACAGAACCAACCAAAUUCUCGCAGAUUAUUGAAAGAACCACCUAUUGUAAAGCGUAAAGGCAAACCUGGUAGAAGGAAGUCAUGGAUUGACAUGCUCAACAUGAAUCGAAAGGAAAAGGAAACGAAGGGAGAAACAGGAUCAAAAAAUUCACCAAGGUUGCCAGUAUCUACAUCAGUUGAAUUGGAGGUCGAAAACUCUCAAAAUAAACAACGGAAGAAAAGGAAAUCAGUUGCAUUAGAUAAUGCCAACUCUCAAGAUAAGCAAAAAAAAGAAAAGAAAAAGAUCGUCAAACAAGGGAAGUUUCACUGAAAUAAGUAGCCAUCAAUGUGAAAUUUUGAGUUCUAUAAGCAAAAAUGUUGACAUGCGGCACCAAGCAAGUCAAAUGAACCAAAUUGAUCUUAAUAUUGAUCUCACCGGUCAUCGUUGGGAUUCAACUAUUUGAAUGUAAUCAAGAUUCCUGCCAGAGAGGUUCCUAAGUUCUUGAAGAAUGGUGAUGCUGGUAUCAUUAAUAUGCUUCCAUCUAAGACCAUGUUCGUUACCGGGGACGGAAGGCAGAUGCUUGCUAUCAAGAAGAACUAAAGAGAAGGUUAUGCAGUUCAUAGUUUCUUUGGAUCUAGUAGUCAUGGAUAUUAUGCAGUUAUAUAUGUUUUGGUUGGUGUUUUAAGACAAAAUCUAAAUUUUAUUUGGUUUUAAGAACUUAAGAAAAAUAGUCUUCACCUUGA